UCGCUCGCGAAGACAACUCUGAACCCGUCUUGCAUCAUUCUGUAACUGCCACAGCCGAGGUUGACAGCCCGCUUUGCGUCUUGGACAGUAGCAUCGACUUUGAGCCCGAAAAGCAGGUGGCAAUUCAUAUUCUGAGAUGCAGAGAGCCAGUCACAACGGCGCUUCAUUCUUCCAUGAAAUCCAUCACCCCGACCAAGACUCAUGAGGCUGUCUAGUGGAUACGCUUCGAGAGCCAGGAAGGUGUCCGAUCCUCAUCUCAGGGAACGAAGACAAUCAUGACUUCGCCCUUCAGCACCAAGAGCCUGGGCAACACAAACUUCCCGAGUCUUCGAGGCAUCUCGGACUUAAAACCCUUCCCUCCGUUUGAUCCGAGGUUCGGUCGCACAAUCAAAAGCAAGAAUAAGUUGUCUGGCCUUGCCUAUCGCUACCAGAGCCAGGCAUUCUCCCCUAUCAAGCCUCUUGCUACUAAAUCAGAGAGACGACGAAUCAGACAAGUCUCGGUCUCCCAAGUGUCCACUAUCAGCUCCAGCUCCGUUGGUAGACUCUGUGACCUAGACGAGGACGCCUUUGUCAGGUUUCCAUCUUUCGAGCAGGCUUCGGUGAAGCAGCUCGAUGAACUCCUCGAGCUUGAGAGCCGGUUCGCUCAGUACUACGAUGGGGAUGAAGAAGACGAUGAGUGGGGCGCCGAGUAUGACGACAUCGAUGAAGCCGCGGUCUCAUCGAAGAGGAACCCCAGUAUCGUCGAUUACGAGAAGUAUGCCGAGGAUAGUUUUAUCCAGCAGAUCUAUGAAGAUCUUCCCGAGGUUGAGAACUAUGAUUUCAAGACCGCCAAGAAGUCAACCCGUAACGUGCGAUUUGGCAACUACACCACCGGCAAGUAUGUAAAGAUCAAGUCGGAGGAAGAAGACGGCGUGUCGAAGCCAAAGAAGAAGAUGGGCAAAUGGGCUGCGGGUCUUUUUCGCAAGGCCGUCAGCCUCUUCUUUCCGAAGACCACCUAGGCUUUCUUGUUCCUUGUAGCUCAAUAGCGACUUGACUUCUUCAUUUGAGUUGGAGACGAAAGGCGAUAGACCAAAGCUACGUGCUUCUCGUUGAGUAAUACCAACUUACGCUACAUUGAGAUUUUGGGGGCAUUUGAAGCUUUUCUGACGACAAAUGUCUUUUUAGGUGCCUUUUUUCUUUUCUUUUUUAAAAGAAAAAAG